UCGAGCCAACAGUUAACGCGGAUGGAGGUUGAGAGUGUCGAUUUGGCCCUGAGGAUACAAUGCCCCUUUGCAGAACACAGCAGUUUGGACUGCAGGAACUUACAAAAGAAAUAAACAUAAUUGCCCUCCCUGAGUUUCUAUUGAUAUAGGAGACAUAAGACCCCUAAAAAUGAGAUAUAAUGGAUUCUGAAUUAAUGCACAGUAUAGUAGGAAGCUAUCAUAAACCAGUGUUUAUUCCAUCAUUUACCCAGAAUGAUGCAGCAUCUCAGACUCACCACUCCACAAACAUAGAAGCCACCUUUCCUAAAAUGCUUCAUAGUCCAAAGAGCCAAGCUCUUAUUUUAGCCUUAAAAACUCUUCAGGAAAAGAUUCAUCAUUUAGAGUUGGAGAGAACACAGGCUGAGGAUAACCUAAACAUUCUAUCCAGAGAAGCAGCACAGUAUAAAAAGGCCUUGGAGAAAGAAACAAAUGAAAGAAUUCUGGCACACCAGGAACUGAUAAAACAGAAAAAAGAUAUUACUCUACAGUUAAGCUCAGCUCAGUCUCGCUGUACUCUUCUAGAGAAACAAUUAGAAUAUACAAAGAGAAUGGUUCUCAAUGUAGAACGAGAGAAGAAUAUGAUCCUAGAACAACAGGCCCAGCUUCAAAGGGAAAAAGAACAAGAUCAUAGGAAGCAGCAAGCAAAACUUGAAAAGCUUGAUGUCUUAGAAAAAGAAUGUUUUAAAUUUACAACCACUCAGAAAACUGCUGAGGACAAGAUUAAACAUUUAGAGGAAAAACUUAAGGAAGAAGAACAUCAGCGUAAGCUGUUUCAAGACAAAGCAUCUGAACUUCAAACUGGACUUGAAAUCAACAGAAUUUUAAUGUCUUCAGUAUCAACUCCAAAACACUCUAAGGAAAAGAAGAAGUCUUUGAAGAAAACUAAAUGUUUAAAGGGAGGACCACCUCAGCAAACUUAUUCAAAGUUUGGAUCACUGCCUAUUGUGGCUGAGGAGUCUGCCAGUGCGAGCUGUUUUGUGAAUUCAAGUAUGCAAAGCAUCCUGCAAUUGAUGCAACAUUAUGGGCCACAUACCUGUCAGAAACUUCCUGAAGUUACUGAGCCUCCAUGUCUCUACAAGCCUCUUAGAACAACUUCCCAGGGUAAAGCUGAACCUUCUGAUUCAAAAAUUACCAUUUCUAUUGGUGACAGUUUGUCUGAACUUUUGAUGGCAAUGCAGGAUGAGCUGGACCAAAUGAGUAUGGAGCAUGAAGAACUACUGAAUCAAAUGAAGGACACUGAAAGUCAUUCGGUCUGUGAAGACACUGAAUGUGAAUUAGAGCAUUUAGCCAAGAAAAUGGAAAUUAAAGAAGAACAGAUUUCCAAACUGUUGAAGCAUCAAGACAAUGUCCGUAAACUGCAGCAAAAAUUUCAAAACUCAAAGACGAGUGAAGCUUCAAAGAUUCAGCGAGAAGAGAACAACCUUAAAGGAUCAAAGACCAUAAAAAAUAGUCCCAGAAGAUGUUUGCUAACUAACUCUCUUCAGAAGAACAGCAACUUUCAUCCAGUACAAGUCCAUAAUCUUCAAAUGAAAUUGAGAAGAGAUGAUAUCAUGUGGGAACAGUAACACAAUAGUAAAACUGUCACCUUAAAUGAACUCUGUCAGUGAGAUCUUGAAUUAUCUAGAGUGGUUUUAAUUUAAUAUACCUUUAUGAAAUUUUGAAUUAUGUUUCUAGUCCCUAUGAAGUGUCAAGUUGUAGUAUUUUUUAAAUUAAUGACUAAUGACCUUCUCAGAGUCACAAAUAAUA